ACUCCUGUCUGAGGAGGUCGCAUCGCCGGCGGAGGAGAAGUUCGGCUGCAUCCAUGCUCCGCGCGGGAAGGAUGGAGGAGUUCGUCACGGAGGCGGCGGCGGAGGAGGAGCCGUGGUACGACCAGCGGGACCUGGAGCAAGACCUGCACUUGGCAGCAGAGCUGGGAAAAACUCUCCUGGAGCGCAACAAAGAAUUGGAGGAAUCUCUCCAGCAGAUGUACGGCAACAAUGACGAACAAGUGCAAGAGAUAGAGUAUCUCUCCAAGCAGCUGGAAAUGCUGCGGGAGGUGAAUGAGCAGCACGCCAAGGUGUACGAGCAGCUGGACGUGACGGCCAGAGAGCUGGAAAUCACCAACGAGAAGCUGGUGCUGGAGAGCAAAGCCUCUCAGCAGAAGAUAGACAGGCUGACGGGCACCAUGGAGACGCUGCAGGGUCAGGUGGACAGCCUCACUGCUCGCCUGGAGGAGCUGAGGACUCUGGAGGAGCUGAGGCUCCGGAGAGAGAAGAACGAACGCCGCAAGACCGUCCACUCCUUCCCCUGCCUGAAGGAACUCUGUGCUUCUCCCAGGUAUGAGGACGGGUUCCUGCUGGCCAAUCCGGGGAGCGUAGACUUGGUUGAGAGACAACCCCUAGAUGAAGAGAAUGACCGCCUGAGGGACAUCGUGUCCUCCCUCCACUCUGCCAUGGCCUUGGAAAGGUCAAAGCGGGACCAGGCUGAGAGGGAGUGCGCUGUCGUCCUGGAGGAGUUUGAGCGUCUGGAGCAGCGCCUCCUGGGGGCAGAGGGCUGCCAUCUGCGGGUUCGGGAGCUCGAGGCCGAGCUCGAAGAGAUGCAGCAGCUCAGGAAGUCCAGGGUGUGUCUGAUCGGGGAUAUGGAGGACGGCCUGGAGGCGUUACUCAGCAACGGCCCGGAGACGGAUACUCCGGAGGAGGGCGCGGGGCUGGAGGAGGGAGACCCCGGCACUGCAGGGGAGGCCGGGGGACAGCAGGGCGGACCGGUGCGGAAAAGCUGCAGCGACACGGCUCUGAACUCUAUCUCGGCUGUCGCAGGCAGACGGCAGGGCAGCUACGCCCUCCACGCAAACGGCACCCGUAAGCGGGGCAUGUCCAUCCUGCGGGAGGUGGAUGAGCAGUACCACACCCUGCUGGAGAAGUACGAGGAGCUGCUGGGGAAGUGCAGGCGCCACGAGGAGAGCCUGUGCCACGCCGAGGUGCAGACCUCCCGGCCCGUGUCCAGAGACCCCUCCAUGAAGGAGUACAGUCUGGUGCCGGCGGAGCCUUCAACCUCCAGGGCUGUUAUCGCCACGCCUCCCACGCCGCCCGAAACCCCCUCCACCCCCGAGGCCCUGGAGGGGAUAAGCAGGCAGGUGGAGCAAGUCGACAAGCGGCUGAGCCAGAACACGCCGGAGUAUAAGGCGCUGUUCAAGGAGAUCUUCUCGCGUCUGCAGAAGUCCAAGAGUGACGUGAGCAGCAAGACGUCCAAAAGCAGAAAAACUAACAAAUAAACGCCGUCAGUGCUGCUAUAAACGCUCAGAAUGACUUUUUUUUCCUUAUCUCAGCUUUAAAUGGCUUCUUUAAAGACCCACUCCGAUGAAAACCGUGUUUUUUAAGAAGUUCUUGUGGCAAUUUCCUCAUGAUGGAGGACGUUAGGGCAAUUUCCACAAUUGAUCCGAUUCAUCAGAGCCUGGAUUGACUUUUUUUUUCUUUAUUCAAAUCAACUCUUAGUUUACACGGCUUACACAUUUAGACAGAAAAUAUUCACAUGAAUCUGAUACGGUUCACAUUCUGUGAAAUUUAUGAGAUUGUUAAUGGCAUCCAGUGUUGCAUGGCAGAGAAGCUCCAGCAAUUGUUCUGCCUCUCCUGUUUCAGUUUGGCCACUAGGUGGUGAUCACGCUAUAUACACUUAAUUGAGGAAGAAGAAGAAAGAAUUGGCAAAAAACUGUUUUAGAUUUGUAACUUAAAAAAAAUCCUUAAGAGUUUGGAAAAUCCAUGCCCGAGUAUAUAAAGAUCCUCAGCAAUGUAUGUUAAGAUCAACUAAGCACUAGCCGUCCUAUGGGAAAUCCCAUUAUAUGUUAGCAUCAAGCUAGCAGACGUUAGCAUUAUGGGUUAGGCAAAUCUCUACUUUUAUGGAUUGAUUAUUGAUCAAUUUUGAUUUCCAUUUCGCUAACGUUUGCUUGGAUGUGAGAAUGGCUUUAAGCUAGCUAAGGAGCAUGUUAACAGAGAGCUCUUAGCAACAGGGGGUGGUUCCUCACAGCUUCUGAUCCUCUCAGAGGUGAAUUUCUAAUUAAGCUCUGCACAAAGUUUAUUGAUUUUGGCAAAAAACUGCAAUGUUUUGAAAAAAAGUCGAGAGAUGAUCGGAGUGGGUCUUUAACCAUCCUUUAUAUGGGAAGGAUUUGACCUUAUAUUACUGCCAAAUGUAUCAUUCCUAUAUUAUUGUAUCAUUUUGCUUUGUUUUCUGCAGAUGACAGACUCUUCCGGAGGGAAGAAGUUGUGGUAUUUGUAACGCAGUGGGUGGAGCCAAAUAUCAUACCUGAGAUCUAACUUUCAACAUCUUUAAAAGCCAUGAAUCUCUCACUUCUGAUUAAAAGAACUGGACUCAAUAGUGACCUAAAAAGUGCAUCGUGUCAGGUGCUGAGUGAGCUUUCUCUCAUACAUGUUAAGAUAAUCAGUCUAACACUGUGCUGUUCUUAAAAUGGGGCAUUGAAAUGACUUAUAAUAAUAAAUGUACUGAUUUGUUUUAUUAUUUAACUGGUUUGCAUUAAAAAAAAAGACAAACACAUUCCCAGUCUGAACACUUUAAUUGUGAUCAUAAGUCAGUAAACUGUUGGUAAUACAAAUCAAAGCCACUGAGGGCUCAGUAAGGCCAAGCGGCUCCCAUUUAGACUUAUGGAGUGUAUGAAAACAGGACAACACGUUCUUGUGGCGGGAUGUGUUAUCCAUCUGCGUCUGCUUGAGGUUCCUACACUGAUUUAUUUUUCUUAAAAAAAAAAACAUAACGGACCAUGAUUUACCUCAGAGUUUCUCAAGUUAAGGAGACAUGGUCAGCAGGAAUCAUUCACAAGGAAAAGAGGAUCAGGGAAUGCAAAUAGAAGCAGAGAUGGAAUCUACCUGAAAUACAUAAAGACUUGCAUCCCCAUUCCCUGUGUUAUGAUGUCAAAACAGACUCGUAGAAAGUUUUUAACCUGAAGGCAAACGGCUCAUCUAAGUCCUAACUCUUAAGGCCAUGAAGAUGCAGCUGCACCUAAAGUGAGGAGCAGAAAGGAAAACCCUGAUUUCCUUGCAGAGUUUUGUCUGGCACUCGACUAUUUAGGAAAAAGAUCUGGCCUGAAUCCCAAAUAAUUCAACAAGACCUAAAUCCACGUAAUCUGCUCAAAGGCUUCAGCGAGGCUGGUUCCAGCAGUGAUUGAACAAAGUCCACACAGCCACCGCACUAUCUAAGGCAGUUUAUGGUAAUCAUACAAAACAAGGUGGAACAAAGGUGGCUUAGGGGAGAGCAAGGUAGAAAAAAAUCUGGAUUGGGCAUAUUGUUUGCUUUCUCCAUUAUUAUUACUUUUUUUUUAGGAUUUAAUACUUAUCAGACAGGAGGCAAAGAAGAAGAAAAAUCAAGAUGCGCGGAAUGAGGAGGGCAGAGAUGGACGGACAGAGCGAGAAG